AGAUGCAUUCUGGGAAUGUGAAAAUGGCGGCCCCCACUAAAAAGAAGUCUGUCCUUUUCAUAUGCUUAGGUAAUAUAUGCCGGUCGACAAUGGCAGAAGGAAUAUUUCAACAUCUGGUCAAGACUAAUGGACUCACUGAUCAGUGGGAGAUCGAUAGCGCUGCUCUUGGAGGCUGGCAUAAUGGUGUUCCCCCAGAUGACCGCACAAUGAGAACGUUGAAGAAAAAUGGGAUCACAGGUUACAAGCAUCUGGGUCGACAGAUUAAGAAGGCUGACUUUCAUGACUUUGAUGUCAUAUUUGGAAUGGAUGAAGACAACAUGAGUGAACUGGAUGAAAUUAAGCCAAAGUCCUGUCGGUCUAAGUUGCUGAUGCUGGGAGAGUGUGAUCCAGAAGGGGAGCUGAUAAUAGAAGACCCAUACUACGGUAACAACAUCAAGGACUUUGAGAAGGUGUACGAGCAGUGCCACAGAGCUUGCAACCAUUUUCUCCAGAAUUCAGACAAAUUUCUUUCAUCCUGACCUCAACAUGGGCCUGAUGUGAAGGCAUGAAGAGUUACCCCCCCUACAUGCUGUGUAGCCUCUUGAUGUGUGUGUCAUGGAGAAGGCCCUGUGGAUCCUCUAUAUACACAGUGAUAUGCAGAUAUUAGCACUGUAACUGUGUAGGAUACAUCCGAAAUCCCUUGUGUCUCUCCUGUAUCUGGGUGAUGGCAGUAUGACUAGUGCUGUGAAUUGUUGUUUAUUUGUUGUGUUACAUGUUUCAGGAUCAGAGAUGAAGGAUGCUAGGGUGGUUCUGAUAGUGCUGUAGGUGGAUGGUUUGGCUGGGACGAUACACCAACUGUGCGAUCCGAUACGGAUCACGAUACUUGUAUGUUUUUUACUUGUGGUGCAUAAGCCAUGCGUAAGUCAAAUACCUGUCACUCUGACAAUUUACUGUUGGCAUUGUCAUGUAUGACGCAAUGGACUAAUUUAUGUUUUCACCACUAAUUUUCACUACUAAUUAGUGUUUGAUGUAACAGUUAUUAAAGCAAAUAUUUAAGAUAUAAAUCUAUUUUUUUACUUUUUGUGUGACUGUAAUCGAUACGUGUAUCAGGAAGUAAAAUAUUGCAAUUGGUGUGUCGUCCCAUCAUGUGUGUAUGGCACCACAUAUACUGGUGGUUGGUUGUGGGUUCAAAUCCCUGAUUCCCCUUAUGAUCUAUUCAUGGGUUUCAUGGUCAACCUCUUCAACCAUCUUCACUUUCCUCAUACAUUACUGGCACACUGUCAUGUGACUGAAAUCCCCAUUGAAUCAGCAUUAAAGCCAAGUCACUUGCUGCUUGGGCCCCUGAAGUAGACGUCACUUGCUGUUGGGGCCCCUGAAGUAGAUGUCAGUGUCUGAUGCCAACAAUGUCUUGUCUCAUUGAAAGUAUGGCCUUGCUAUUUAUCUGUCAGUAUGUGACAAUAUUUGAUUUAUAUCCGUUUUUUAAAUACCCUUGAAGCAUUAAAACAUGUUGUGUGAUAACUGUUUCUCUGUACAGAGGACUUGAAUGUAAUACAAUUCAAACAAACAUCUUUGUUGUUGACUUGUUGUUUGUUGAAGUUGUCAAAAAGGAUAUAAAUGAUAUGCAAUGUCUUACAAUCUGCAGACCCAUGAAGAUCCGGGGUAGAAUAGGUCUUCAGAAACCCAUGCUUGCCGUAAAAGGCGACUAUGUUUGUCAUAAGAGGCGACUAACAGGAUCAAGUGGUCAGGUUCGCUGACUUGGUUGAUGCAUGUCAUCGAUCCCAAUUGCGUGCAUCGAUGCUCAUGAUAUUAAUCAUUGGAUUGUCUGGUCCAGACUUGAUUAUUUACAGACUGCCGACAUAUAGCUGGAAUAUUGUUCAGUGCAACCUUCAGCAACCAACAAACGAACAAACAAACAAUAUCUACUGCGUAUCAUUUUGACAACAUGAAACAAUUUUUUGAAAAAAGUAGUAAACAUGUUUUUUUGCUACUACUCCAUAUAUGUUCGCUUAAAGUUUCAAUACUUAAAUAUAUUUAAUACCAAUUAAAAGAAGCUACUGACAAUAA